AUGGAGUUCCUGCAGAACCUUCCGAAGCCGACCGUUGAUCGGCCCUUUGGCAUUGAGCUAUGGCCGAUCUUCGACAAGGCCUUUGAGGUUGUGAUGGGCUACCCUGCCAAUGACUUUCGCUUCGCCGAGGGCAAGACGCCCAUGUCUACUCUUCCCGAGACGGCUGCUAUGCUCAUCGUCUACUACAUAACCAUCUUCGGUGGGCGCGAGCUCAUGAAGAACCGCCCAGCCUUCAAGCUCAACACUUUGUUUAUGAUCCACAACUUCGUCUUGACUGCGGCCAGCGCUAUUCUGUUGGCACUCUUUGUUGAACAACUUGUGCCUACCAUCUGGCACCAUGGAAUUUUCUACUCCAUUUGCGACCACAGCGGUGGGUGGACGCAGCCCCUGAUUGUCCUGUACUAUCUUAACUACUUGAACAAGUACCUCGAAUUCCUCGACACCGUCUUCCUGUUCCUCAAGAAGAAGCCUUUGACCUUUCUCCACACCUACCACCACGGUGCCACCGCUCUCCUGUGCUACACUCAGUUAAUUGGUCUGACGGCUGUGCAAUGGGUGCCAAUCACCAUCAACCUCCUGGUGCACGUUGUUAUGUACUGGUACUACUUCCAGAGCGCCCGUGGAAUUCGCAUCUGGUGGAAGAAGUACAUCACCGUUCUCCAGAUCAUCCAAUUCGUUAUUGACCUUGUGUUCGUCUACUUCGCUUCCUACACCUACUUCACCUCGACCUACUUCCCUUGGGUUCCCAACAUGGGCCACUGUGCCGGUGAGGAAUUCGCCGCUUUCGCUGGAAUGGGCAUCCUCACAUCCUACCUCGUUCUGUUCAUUUCCUUCUACAUUGUCACCUACAACAAGGCCGCCAAGACUGGCCGUCCGCGCCGCAACACUGGCAAGCAGGCCGUUAUUGACAUGGCGAGAUACGAGGUGGCCCCUGCCCCUGGUGCCGAGGCCAACGGCAAGGCCAAGUCGAACGGAUCCGCUGCUGCUUCGACUGGACGCUCCAACGGCCCCGUCACCCGCUCUCGCAAGGCGUAG